AUGAAUCAAAAGCAGCAACAAGCUGUAAUUAAGCCAUGGGGAAAUUCUUCUGUGGCUGUAAAAAAUUUGGCUUCUUACUAGACUAUUUAUGAAAUUCAGAGCGAAGAAUACAAAACAUUUUUAAAGAAACUAGUUGAUAUUCAAAAUAAAUAAGCUACUUAAAAGCAAAAAGAUUUAAAUGUUUAAAACAAGCCAAGCUAUGGAAAUAAUUAGCAAGAAUAAAAUGACAAAAAAACUUAUUAAAAUAAAAACAGCAAUAACAAUAACAACAACUAUUAAAAUAAUAAUAAAAGUUACCAAAAUAAUAACAACAAUAAAAGCUAAAAUAAUAAUAACAAUAAUUACUAAAAUAAUAAUAACAACAAUUAAAUGAAAUAACAAAAAGGGAAAUAUUAACAAAAAGAAAAUUAAAAUAGUAACAGUAAUUCAUUUUUAUUCAAGAAUGAAAACUCUGAAGGUAUUCAAACGACAAAUUAGCAAUAAGCUAAUUUCAACAAUAUUUAAGAUUUUUCAUUUAAAAAGGGGAAUCAAAUUAAUUAAGCUAACAGCUUUAAUAAUGUAAAAUAGACUAUUUAAUCUUUUUCUUUGCAAAAAUCAAAUACUAACAACAAUAAUAAUAGUAAUUCCUUUUCGAACAUAAGCUUUAAUAAUCAAAAUAAAUUUGAAAAUUAAAAUAAAAAAAUUGUGAUUCCUGAUAUUCCUGACAGUGAUGACGAAGAUGAUGAGGAUGAAUAAGAAGAUGAUCUUUUUGUUCAAUAAAUAUUGUAAAAUAUUCCUAAAAGCAAUCCUAACGAAGAUGUUAAAAAGACAAAUAACACUUUUAAUUUAAAUUAAUAACUAAAUAUUUUAAAUUAAAUGGAAGAGGAGGAGGAAGAAGAAGAUAAUGAUGAUGACAUACUCUAAAUCGCUAAUAACUUAAAAUAAGAGUUUUUUAAAUCAUCUGAGCCAAAUUAUGGAUAAAAAAAUUAAAAAAAAGAUAAAACAUAUAAGAUUACAGAUGAUAGCACUUCAAAUGACGAUAUUAAAUUGCAAUAAAUUCUUAAAAAAUGGAAUUGA